AUGACGCAAGGACCAAUUGGUAUUUUUGAUUCAGGAUAUGGAGGAUUGACUGUUUUUAAAGAAAUACAAAAAAAAUUACCACAAUACGAUUACAUAUACUUAGGAGAUAACGCACGUGUUCCUUACGGAACCCGUUCUUUUGAAACAGUAUAUGAAUACACAAAAGAAUGUGUAUAUAAAUUAUUCGAUUUGGGAUGUAAUUUGGUUAUUCUUGCUUGCAAUACAGCUUCUGCAAAGGCAUUACGAACAAUACAACAAAAUGAUUUACCAGAAGGAAAAAAAGUGUUAGGAGUUAUUCGUCCAACAACAGAAUCUAUUAACGAUUAUACAAAAAAUAACAAUGUUGGAAUCUUGGCAACACAAGGAACAGUUUUGUCUGAAUCGUAUAAAAUAGAAAUCAACAAAUUUUUUCCAAACAUCAAUGUUUUUCAACAUGCUUGCCCACUUUGGGUUCCUUUGGUAGAAAACAAUGAAAUUACAAGUAGAGCUGCACAUGAUAUUGUAGAAAAAGAUAUACAACGAUUAUUUGCUCAGUCAACAGCUAUUGAUACUAUUGUAUUGGCUUGUACUCAUUAUCCAUUGCUAUUGCCA